GCCCCACCCUUGCAUCUCAUCCCCUUACCUCAUCCCCCUUCCGCCACUGCUCUUUCUUUCAUUCAUUUCUUCCCUUUGUACCGUGAGAUGCAGAGAGGAAGAGAAGGACGGGGGGAGGCAUGGAGGGAAGGAGAGGGACCUUUUGUUGGCUUUCAGGUGGUUUCACAUGAAAAGCCAAAGUACACACCUAGGUUGCCGCCACUGACGACCCACGGCGUCUCACUUGCUUCCGCUGAGCACACCUGAGUCAGCCUUCAAUUGCCUCUGCACGAAUACAAACACUGGCACAUUUGCUUGUACAUGCGUCUCCAGACAUGCAAGUGUGCAAAAAUAGGCACACACUUCUGUUGAUUUGUUGUUUUUAUCUAGCUUGGAUUGGAAAGGUUCUGGUAGGUGUUAGAUGUACAGGGCUAGGGUGGGAAAGAGGUUAUGUGAGGGGGAUGGGGCAGGGGAUGUGGGUGAGGAGGUGAGGUGGGAUGGAGUGUGUGUGUUGGGGGGGUUGAUUGCACGGAUACUUUCUCUGUUCUCUCCCUGAAUGGGCUCUUCUUGCUGCAAGGAGCUCAGGUAGCUGUGUGUGUGUGCGUGUGUGUGUAUGUGUUUUAUUCCCAGGUAGACCAUGGUGAGUGCUCUCAAGUUAGUGUCAGGUGUCAGGUAGCUACUUGUCUUUGUGUCUUCAAGGCUGCCGUUGCUUGGUUAGUGUUUACAGCCCAGAGAGGGAGAGAGGAAGGAUGGGGGAGAAGAGGGGAGGGAGCUCUGGCUUUGAUCUGAUGCAGACUGUUUGAUAGUGUGUGUGUGUGAGCGAGGGAGUGAGUGUGAGAAAAAAGAAGAGAGAGGCGCACGCAUACUUUUUCCAGUUGCAUGAACAAAUGCUAACAACUGUUAGCAAGCCUUUCUGGAGCCCUGAGAACAAUUUGAUUUAACCCCCCCAUCUAAAAAAAAUGUGUGAUUUGAACAUUAUUGACACACAUGGUCAAGUAUAGCACUAAAUAACUCAAUUGACAGAUUUAUCCCACAACAAAUGUUUCAUACAGACAAUAGCAAUGUUUUCUUUAAAGAGCCUAUCCGGUUUAAUGGGAUUCAAACUUUUUUCAUCUUACACAGUAUCAAGUAAACUUGUAUGCCAUUUGUAUCUCUCUGUGUGAAGUAAGAAGGCGUGCUGAAUGUGAGAUUAGCUAGUUAAAUUACUGAUGUUGAGGGAUCAGUAGCAGCUCUGCUCAAAAAUACACCACCACUGCACUGGUUCUUUAGUACUCAAUCAUUUUUACAUACAUACAAAUGUAUAUAUUAGCCCAGUGCCUUAGAAUAUGCAUCUACUUUCAAACUACUUUCUUUAUAAACUAAUUUUAAAGACGCUUUUUACCUCUUUGGUUGACAAUGAGGUUGAAAUCAGUUGCUUGAGUGUUAGAAAACUGGAUGAGGCUACACUGACUCACAUUUAACCUUCCACACAUCCAUCAGAAAUGCCAGAGCAGGUGCAAUUUUAACAAAUAUACAGCUGACUCUUCUAACAGUAAGGUGCACCAUGCAUGGUUGUCAGCAUAUUUGUGAUUGAAGGGGAAAAGGAUCACAAAUGAAAGGAAUAUAGAGAGACCAAUAAGAGAGCGAGACAGGCAGAGAUGGAGAGGCAGCAGACCAGAUAUGCAGGUUUUACAGUACGUGUGUUUUAGGGCUUCCCCAGGGCCAGACAAUUAAAGAGCAUUUAAAAAGAUGACAGGGCUCUGUGCGCAAGAAGGGGUGAGGUGCUGAGCCCAGGGAGCGCUUGCGGGUGUAUGAGGAGCAUGUGUGUGUGUGUAUAUGUUGCUGUAGUGCAGGAUCAAGCAAGGUGUUGCUCUGAAGGGUCUGUAUAUCUGCCUAUUUGCAUAUGAGGUAGUGAAAGAAAGAAAUACCAUAAAACAUCACUUGGAAACAAUUCAGGCAACAUUUUUUAAACCGACAAUAGACAGAGAGCAUCAACGCACAUUCCACUACAAAGAGGGAGAAAAGCGAGAGCAGAGAGAGAGAGAGAGAGAGAGAGAGAGAGAGAGAGAGAGAGAUAGAGAGAGAGAGCGCAUGAGAGAGAGACUAUGUGUGGAACAGCUCUGAAAGAGUUUUUGUGGUGCAACAAAGGCCCCUCAGAAAACACAGUGGCAUAGGAAUGUUAAUUAAUUAAUGAGAAACUAUUCAGCCUACAGAGAAUUUUGGAGAAAGAAAGACAGAAGAGAUAGAUGGACAGACCAGCUGGAGCGGUAGACAAAUUCAACUGGGGGCAAAGAAAUUUAUGACUGUAUAGUUUUCAAAUAGCAUGGUGUGCAGUUAUUCCAUUCCCAGUUUCAUAAAUUCUCAUGUUGCAUCAUUGUUCUUGGCUUCGUACAUGCGUGCACUUGCGUGCAUACAACAGUUCCCCAAGCCUCCACUUUCCAGGAACUAAGAGAACCUUGUUUUCCACAUUGGCUACCGUGCAUUUUUCCGUUAAUCCAGAGGGGUUUGAAAAGAUUUCGUGAGCACAAGUGGUUAUCAACUCAUUGAAGACCAUGUAAUCCCUCUCUUAAACCAUGAAAAUCACCAAAACAUGAAUUAUGAGGUGUGAUUUAAUGUUAACCCCAUUGAGGAUUUCUGCUAAAUUGCUCAAAUAUAUUGGAAUCAUCAAUUGGUGCAUUGUUAUAUUAAUUAAUCCCUAUUUCAAGUACUGAACUAUACUGCUUCUGGGAGAUACUUCUAAAAUCGAACAAAAGGAUAGCAUAAAGUCAGCUCUGCUUUGAAUGGCGAGCCAGUUUUACUUUCUUUGAUUUGUUAUAAUUAUAGAAUGCAUCAUUAGGAGGUUAUGUAACAUCCCGUACAUAUGAAGCAGAGAGUCUAAUUUUACAGCAUUCUUAUCUGGAAGUAUACAGCCAUCAUUUGUCUUCAGCGUAUCAGGAAAAGCACAGAUUUGAUUUUCGUACAAAAUCUACACAGACAAGAAUUAUGUGUUUGAAUAAAAGAAAGGUAGGUUGGAUGAGAUUAUUUUCAAGAUUCUCAGGAAAACCUGCAAGUGAGCACAUCGACUAUGAAAUACAGAUCGGCUUUAGCCCGAGGCAGCUGACACUUCUUUACAAAUCCACACUCCUCUCUCUAUAGACCGGAGUGUGUGUGUGUGUGUGUGUAUAUGAAAUGGAUAUGCGAGUUCCUUUGCGCCGGUCACUCAUAAUCUGUUAUUUUCUAUGGGUGACCCAUGUGCGUGUGUGUGCGAUCGCGACAUUCCAGCAGCAGAAACCUGAGAAGGUGUGACUUACAAGACACUGGAUUUGGCUCUUUCUGGGGACUGAGGGGUGCUGAAGUGUCAGAAUUCCAAUUUCCUCCAAACAGUCACUUCCAGUCACACACUCUCACCCUCUGCAUCCCUCUCACAGAGUCAAACACAGCCAGUCUUAUCCCUCAGAGCUUUCUUUUUCAUCCUCUCUCUUCCAGCUAUAAACACCCUCCCUCAUUUUCUCCCAGUUCCAUUCAUAAGGUCCCUCAAGAAGAAAUCUCGUCUCACACCACUGUACUGCCAAGCCACCCCCUUCAGCAAACUAAACACUCACUCUUUCUUAUCACAUCGAGCUUUUAGUUAAAGUAAAACAAGGGGAGAGGAAGAGAGGGAGAAAGAGAGGGAAGAGUUUGAGGAUUGUGGGUCCCUCCUACUUUCCGGAGAUGCUCCAGCCCAUCCCUAAAUUGUGGACCAAUGAGGGUGGCUCAUUCAAAACUCAUGCGCUCCUUCUACAAUAGGUAAGGAGAGAGAGGGAGAGAGAGAGGGAGAGAGCAAAAUAUAUAUACAAGGAGUGAGAGAGAGAGAGUGGGAGAAAGAGGGACUGUGUUUGGGGGAGAAAGAGAGCAAGAAAGGAGAGGGCAGACAGGGAAAAGACGCAAGAAGUUCCAAACAACCCCUGGGGAUAAAGUGGUGACUGAGAGAUAUAGAGAGAUGAGGAGAUAGAACUUGUGACAGGGACCGUUUUACAGUGUGGACAACCUUACCAGGAGAAAAGGACAGUAAGGGGCUUUUGCACAGAGCCAGAAGCUGAGUAUUUGGGAAAGCAAAGAAACAUUGAAACCUCCUUACUUGAUCAAAGCUGCCUCUUCAAACACCAUAGAGGAAAAAAAAGAGUGUGACAAGACAGACAUCUCUACAGGUGUAGUUGAAGACAGGUGGACAUUCAGACAUGCUGCCUGUGCUUCUGCUUCUCUGUGUGACUGGAGGAGUUUGGGGGUCCGCCCCCGGAGUGUGGGGGUACGGACGGAUCCAGGACAGACAGGGGCAAGCGGCAGCGCUGUGCCCGUCUCCGUGCCAGUGUGAAGAAGAUGGGAUCUUUGUCAUGGUGGACUGCUCGGAGUUGGGACUAUCGUCUGUGCCGACCAACCUCAGCCCUCUCACCACUUACCUGGAUCUCAGCAUGAACAACAUCAGUGAGAUCCAGCCCAGAGCCUUCCACCGACUGCACCUGUUAUCAGAACUGCGUAUCUCAGGGAAUCAGCUGAGGUAUAUCUCAGGCCACGCUCUCCAGGGUCUCCACAACCUCAAAGUUCUGAUGAUACAAAACAACCAAUUGGAGAGACUUCCUGAUGAUGCUCCAUGGGACCUACCCAACCUUCUAUCCCUGCGUCUCGAUGCUAACCUGUUGUCUGAGGUUCCUGCCGGGGCCUUUAGAGGGGUUCGCGCCCUAAGACACCUGUGGUUGGACGACAACUCCCUCACAGAGAUCCCAGGGACGGCCCUGGACUCUCUGCCCUCCUUGCAGGCCAUGACGCUGGCCCUCAACCACAUCACACAUAUCCCAGAUUAUGCAUUCACCAACCUCUCCGCCCUUGUCGUUCUGCAUCUUCAUAACAACCACAUCCAGAGCAUGGGUGCGAGAUGUUUUGAAGGUUUACACAGUCUGGAGACACUGGAUUUAAACUACAAUGAUCUGCAGGAGUUCCCUGUGGCCAUCAGGACACUGAGUAAGCUUCAGGAACUGGGCUUCCAUAACAACAAUAUCAAAGCCAUCCCUGAGAGGGCCUUCGUGGGAAACCCUCAGCUCCAAACCAUUCAUUUCUAUGAAAACCCCAUCCAGUUUGUGGGAAAGUCCGCUUUCCAGUUCUUACCCAAGUUGCACACACUUUCUCUUAAUGGGGCAACCCAGAUUCAAGAGUUUCCCGAUCUGAAAGGAACCACCAGCCUGGAAAUUUUGACGCUGACUCGGGCCGGUCUCACAGCUCUCCCUCCGGAUCUGUGUGAGCAGCUGCCUCGUCUCAGAGUGCUGGAGCUGUCUUACAACCAGAUUGAAGAUCUGCCCAGUUUUUACCACUGCUCUGCACUGCAAGAGAUAGGGCUCCAGCACAACCAAAUCAGGAGGAUAGAGUCAAGCACCUUCCAGCAGCUCACCUCUCUCAGAGCACUUGAUCUGAGCUGUAAUAUGAUCGAGUGGAUCCACCUGGACGCCUUUGCCUCGCUUCACUCCUUGAUCAAACUGGACCUGACGGAGAACCGUCUCAGCUCAGUGCCUGUUGCCGGUUUGGGGGGUCUCACCCAUCUCAAGCUGAGGGGGAACACUGAACUAUAUGAGGCCUUCAGUCCUGACUACUUCCCCCGUAUGAGGGUAAUAGAGAUGCCUUACGCCUACCAGUGCUGUGUGUAUGGUUCCUGUGAUAGCUACAAGACAGUCGGCCAAUGGGACACCGAGCAGAGCAACACUGACGAGGACCUACACAGGAGGACCGUGGCUAUGUACCCUAUCCACGCGGACACACACUAUGACCCUGACCUUGAGGAGUUCCAACUAGAAAUAGAGGAAUCCAAACUACAGACCAGUGUCCAAUGCUCACCCACUCCAGGUCCUUUCCGUCCCUGUGACUCUCUGUUGGGCAGCUGGCUGGUUCGUGUGGGCUUGUGGUCCAUCUCCUUAGUGUCUCUUCUGGGGAACUCCCUCCUGCUCCUCUCCCUCUUCGGCUCACCCGGCUACCUGUCACCGCUCCGCUUCACUGUGGCCUGCAUGGGUGCUUCCAACCUGCUAACGGGCGUGUGCACGUGCACCCUGGCCCUCGUGGACGCUCUAACCUUGGGAGAGUUCGGUCACCACGGUGCCCGCUGGGAGGCGGGUCCUGGCUGUCAAGCCACGGGAUGGGUCUGGGUGUUUGCGUCUGAAGCAAGCGUACUGCUGCUGACUCUGGCAGCUGUGCAGUGUGGCGUGAGCGUGACAUGUGCCCGUGCCUUUGGGAAGUCCCCAUCCCUUGGGAGUGUGCGUACAUGUGCACUUGUCUGCCUAACUCUCUCCCUCACUCUUGCUUCUCUCCCACUGGUAGGAGUCGGGGAGUACGGGUCCUCACCUUUCUGCCUUCCCUCACCCCUGCCACCCCCAUCCUCUCGACUACCAUCCUCCCUUGGCUUUCCCUUGGCGCUUAUUAUGAUGAACACCCUGUGCUUGCUUAUAGUCACAGGCUCAUACAUUCGCCUUUACUGGGAGUUACUUAGGGGAGAGUGUGAGGGCUUGUGGGACUGUGCUAUGAUUAAACAUGUUGCCUGGCUAAUAUUUACCAAUGGCCUCCUCUAUGUACCGGUAGCUUUUCUCUCCCUCUGCUCCCUGCUGGGUCUCCUAUCUCUGGGCGAGGAAGUGCUAAAAUCAGUUCUCCUGCUUCUCCAGCCCUUGCCUGCCUGCCUCAACCCCCUCCUCUUCCUACUUUUUACACGAGACCACACCCAGUUCUUCUUCUGGCCUCACCCCAAAGCACGUCCACAGCUACGCCGGGACCGCACACUGGACUCGCUGGUUUCUGUGGAGACAGAGAAAAGCUCCUGCUCCGAUUCGUCGACACAAGUGUCACUUGCUGAUGUCGACGCCCUUUACAGUGGCGGGUCCUCUCUCCAACCCCAACUGGAUCCCAUCAGGUUUUCCCACUGCUCCUCUACUUCCUCUGUUCCUCUCAUCCCUUGCCAGAUUCCCACAGCCAGAGAUAGAGACAGGGUGACAGAAGGAGGGAGCCUGAACGACGAGGAAUGUCUCAAGAGUUUAGAUCAAGACGUGAUUCAUAACACUUGCUCCCUGUAUCACUCAGCCAUGAGUCCCUCUCUCCCCUCUCAUCCAUGAGCCUCCAAGCUAGCUGGGACACUAUGGACACUAAAGGACCAUCAUCAAACAGCAAGACCCUCUCGGGGUUAUCAAUCCUCCAGAACCUCAGAAUGAGUCCACACAGAGACUGUAGAGUACUCUAGAGAAGUCUAUGAGAACACAACAAAGUGCCUCUGAAAAUGGAGAGUGCAACUAAAAGCUCCCUUCAAUGUAAAGACUAUUAAAGGAAACACCCCACUACAACAUGUCUGUUAAAAUAAAGGACAAUUUCAGACAUUACCCAGUGGACUGUUUGAGUCAUGGACUCGCAUGACAAAAAGAAAGCUCAAACAAAAGCUGUAAACUACAUGGAAAACCUAAGCAUCUGACAAAUCAAUGGUUAAGCCAGGGGGAAUUAAGGUAGAACCAGUAGAAUUUUAAGUGUAAAUGUUUUUUUUCUGAAAUGUGAUCAUGAGACAUGCAGCUUAGAGGUUACAGAUUGUUUGGUUAUAUUUUAAGAGGGGUUAUCUUAUUAUUUUUAUAAAUAUAAGUUCUAUGCCAUUGCUAAGGUCUGUUUCAAAGAAAGGGAGUCAUUAUCGGACACACAAGGACAUUUGUUUUUACCAGAGUAAGCUACCGUUUUUCAUUCACGGAAAUGUUAUAGUCGGAUAUUUCUUUGCAAUUGUGUAAUAGCGGUUAUGAGAAUGUUAUUCUUUGUGGCAGCAAAAUGCAACAGAUUCAUACGGUUUGCAUGAUUUUUUUUUUUCUUAAAUAUGCAAAUCUGCCCAAAUACGAGGCAUGCAGUUAUACAGACUGAAUGGGAUGUAGCUAUCUUUCCACAGACACUAGAGUAGGCUAGCAAUAUGUACAUACAAUGUAACUACCUCUGAACUAGCAUGGUAUUGACUCACUACAGCCUUAUGAUGUUUGUCUCCCUUUUUAUAUGAUAAGCAGCAAAUAUAUAAUUUUAUAUAUUAAGAAAUAAAUCCUUAGUUUGUAAAAAUACAACUUGCUAUUUAGGAUGUACAUACUUUGUAUACAACUGGUAUGCAUAUGUUUGAAUAAAUCUAUUAUCUUCAUACUGUAUAUACCAUCAACCACUUCACUUAUGCUACUACUGUGAAACACAAAUGCUCACAACACGAGAAGUCUGUAAAACAUUAAAUCAGUUCCAUCAAUUAGUGUUAAAAUAAACUUUAAUAUCACGACACAAACAUAAAAAAGUAUACAUAUAAAUAUGUGGGUAUUUCUGGAUUAAGAAAAGUAAUACAUACAUAGUGAAAUCAAGUGUGUAUUGGCACUGAAUUAAAAGUUAAAAAUCAUACUCUUUCCAACCAGGUGUAUAAGGAAUGUUAUGUCCGGAGAAGAGAGACCUGUGGCUCUUACAAGCGAGAUGGAAGCUACACACAGCUCUUCUUUGGUGGCUCCACUGCCUCCUGGUGCGUCCCGAAAGCCUCUCUUUUGCGGGAUGAAGCUUUCUGAUCUGGAGUAUUUUCUUUGUUGCCUUCCACGACUCCCUGAACAAAGACGAUUCAAAAAAAUAUUUUAGACAAUGACAUCACAUUGCCGAUAUAUAGUCCCCCACAUCCCCAAACUGAAAAUGGUGAAAUGUGGAGGUCGCAUUUGAAUAUAAAUCAUCAAACAGUCUGCAUCACUUUGUUGUAAGUCAAUCUUACAUUCUAUUGAGGGACACCAGCACCACCUUGUGGGCAAAAUAUAACACGACAUAGAACCAAUGCCAUGACGGACAGUACAGUACUGUGGAGGAAGUGACAAUAAUCA